GCUUGAAGCGCAGAUUGAACUCCGUCUCAUAGAUGUGAUGCCCUCAGCUCGAUGCAAGUCACCAAAACCAAAUAUUUAGGUGGGUAUUUAGGUAGGUAUAUUCCAGUUCUCUCUUUUUUUUAUCUUCUCUUCAUGUUUCUGCUAGCUAUCAGUGAAAAUACGACGUCCACCGACCAUCAGACUCCACACGUUAACGCAACUUCAAUCGUUACACAUAACAUUAUACAUUAACAAUGUCCGGCGCAAGUGUUCGAGAAUCGGCACGCAAAUGCGAGAUAGGACAGACCUCAGCUCUUGCGCCUUCCCAUCUUCAGGCCAAUCUUAUUGUUCUGCCUUCGCGCUAUGCUUGCGACUUUGAGCGAUUCUGCAAGAGAAAUCCAGUACCAUGCCCUCUAAUCGCCAAAUCUGCCACAGUAGGAUCUUAUAGUGCUCUCGAAUCAUGGAUAGGGGGAGUGGCAGAUGUAGAUCUGGCUGCAAACAUAGAUAUCCGAACCGACAUUCCAAAAUACAUGGUCUACGAGAAUGGCGAGCUGUUGGGCGACCAUGUUGAUGAUAUAAAAGCGCACUGGACAGAAGAUCAUGUAGCGUUCUUAAUCGGGUGUUCUUACAGUUUUGAAGGUGCUCUCAUUAGCGGUGGAUUGAUGCCACUACACAUCAGACACCAUAGAAAUGUGCCGAUGUACAGGACCAACAUACCGUUGUGUCCUGCUGGAGUUUUUGACCGGGGUACAUACGUGGUGUCUAUGAGGCCAUACAGAAAGGAUGUCAUCGAUAAAGUUAGAGAAAUCACAAGACCAUUUAUAGCCACUCACGGGGAGCCAAUUGCUUGGGGAUGGAAUGCCGUCGAGAAAUUGGGAAUUCGGGACAUUACUAAACCAGAUUGGGGAGAUGCUUCUGUCAAUGAUAAUGGGAGCCCGCUGAGUUUAGACGACGAAAUGGUUCCGGUGUUUUGGGGAUGUGGUGUUACCCCGCAGCACGCUGUUGUCAGCGCUGGCUUGGAGGGAACCGUCAUGGGUCAUGCACCGGGCCAUAUGCUAGUAUUAGACUGCAGAGACGGCGAUCUUAUUAAGAAUUGAGUCGAUAUAGAGGUUUGUCAGACUAGAAAUGCAUCCUCGUAAGACUCUUAAAUGGCUCAAUAUAAAUUUCAGUCGAACAAUGCUCAGGGCUAAAACACCUAGUAACAUUCUUUAAUGGUUCCAAUUUUCACUUCACAAACCAACUACUUGGCCUUGUUCUACUUCCAGGAGUCGAAGAUCGAUAGCCAAAUAGAACUCCUAGUUUGUGUUUCGGUACUCA